CUUUGCUUAAAGAAAAUUCGGGUAAAAAAAAUUUCAAAACAUUAUGAUUCAAGUUACACCCGAAGUGAAAUGGGCACAACGCUCAUCGUCGUCGGAUUUAGAAAAAAAUGUUUUAUAUUUAACAUUAGCAGUGCCAGAUGUUUCUGAUCCAACAAUUAAUAUAACAGAAACUAUGUUAACACUUGAUGCGUUGACUAAGGAUGGCUCUACUAAAUAUUCAUUAACAUUAUUUUUUUUUAAGGAAGUAGAUCCAGAGAAUUAUAAAAUUCAUCAUACAGAUCGGUCUAUAGUUCUUACGAUUCGUAAGAAAAAUGCGGAUGAAAAGUAUUGGCCACGAUUGAUUCAAUCAGCUGAGAAAUCAGGAUUUAUUCGUACGGAUUUUGAAAAGUGGGUGGAUGAAGAUGAGCAGAACGCCCGUUCUACAGAUGACUUUUCAUCACAAUUUGGUGGAGGAAUGGAUGAUUUUGAUUUUAACAAGUUUUCAGAUGGAAUUGGCUCUGAAAAUAUGCCAAAAUUAGAUGAUAUGGAUUCUGAUGAUGAUGAUAGUGAUGUUGAGGAUGAAUCUACUAAAGAUGAAUCUACUAAAGAUGAAUCUAAUGAAGAUGUUGUAUCUAUGGAUAAAGAUUAGUUUUUUUUUUUCGAUUAUAUUAUUCCCCG